CAAAAGGCGAAUCUGUCUGACGGUGGAUUGAAACCCAAUUAGAAACAGAGGAGACAUUUUGGGAAAACUGUCAGUGUCCGUGUGUCCCGGCGCCCCGAGGCUAUAGAUAUAUGGUAAAAUAAACAUCUGUGGAGGCUCUUGGACUGGAAUAUUAAGGAUGUUCCAGCAGUGUGAGGAGCCUCGUUUCACCAUCGAGCAGAUUGAUCUCCUCCAGAGGCUAAGGAGGACGGGUAUCACACAGGCGGAGGUGCUUCACGCCCUGGACACCCUGGACCACCUGGAGCGGCAACAUGGACACAAGUUGACCCACAAACCUCCCUACAUGCCUCCCUCAUCUUCCUUGUCUUCUUCCAGCGCCGUCGUCGCCUCUUCCUCUAUGACUUCCACCGCCACUCAGACAAGUUUCCCCAACAACCGACUCUCACUGUCGCCUGGUAACAACUUUGACACCACCUCACCGCCUCUACCCAUUCCAGUAGCCUCACCUGUCACCAUAGCGGCGGUAGUCCAGAACGGCCUAGUCACCAAUGGGAAGCUGUCACCGCCCAGGUUUCCUCUCGGUGUCGUCAGUGGCAGCGUGACGGCACCAGGCUACGGUUUUGAGACCAGUGAAGAGGACAUAGAUGUUGAUGACAAGGUGGAGGACUUGAUGAGGAGGGAUAGUGCUAUGAUCAAAGAAGAGAUUAAGUCCUUCCUGGCGAACAGGCGGAUCUCCCAGGCUGUGGUCGCUCAGGUAACGGGGAUCAGUCAGAGUCGCAUCUCCCACUGGCUCCUUCAGCAGGGGUCGGACCUCAGCGAGCAAAAGAAACGAGCCUUCUUUCGCUGGUACCAGCUGGAGAAGAGCAACCCUGGUGCCACUCUUGCCAUGCGAGCCGCCCCAUUGGCUAUGGAGGAGGUGAUGGACUGGCAGCAAGCCCCACCCCCAUUUGGCUCGGCCCCUGGGGGCUUCCGUCUGCGGCGAGGGAGCAGGUUCACCUGGAGGAAGGAGUGUCUAGCUGUUAUGGAGAGCUACUUCCUUGAUAACCAGUACCCUGAUGAAGCGAAGAGAGAGGAGAUUGCCACCGCCUGCAAUGCUGUCAUUCAGAAACCAGGAAAAAAGCUGUCUGAUUUGGAGAGGGUAACAUCUCUGAAGGUCUACAACUGGUUUGCCAACCGACGCAAAGACAUCAAGAGGCGCGCUAACAUUGAAGCAGCCAUCUUGGAGAGCCACGGCAUCGAGGUUCAGAGUCCAGGCGGUCAGUCCAACAGCGACGAGGUGGACGGCAACGACUUCCCUGACCAGGGCUGCGAGGUGUCCUUAUUUGACAAGAGAGCUUCAGCCAGGCAGUUUGGAUUCAGUCGAGCUGACCUGUCCUCUCCAACCCAGGUUCCCACGCUGCUCCCCAGCUGGUUCUCCGCCCUGGGCAGAGGAGGCUUGUCGGGCCAGAGGGGCACGUCUCUGAUUGGCCGCUCCCUUGUGUCAGGGGCGGGCUCUCAGACGGAAGGUUCCAGAUUGACAGGUGUGUCCUGGUCUCCCCCCUCCCCCUCCCUGCAGGACGAACCCACCAUUCACAGCGCGCUGUCCGAGCCGCAGGACCCAAUGGGUUUAGAAAAGGUGGCCGUCAAUCACAGCAACCAAGCCCUGGCCAAUCAGGUGGAAGGGGCGGCGUGCAGUAUUGGGAACGACAUCAAGACGGAAACGCUGGAGGACGACUGAAAUGGGACAUUUGAGUUGUCAGAGCGAUGAAUGGAACAGGAUCAGAGGUGUGUUAAUAUGCAAGCAGAUUUUAUAGGAAUGUAAAGUGAAAUAAGUGAAAAAAAAAAAAGACCAAAAGUCGUGUAAACUCCAACCCUGAGAUACCUCCCAACCCUACCUCCAACCACCAACCUGCUCUGCUCUGCUCUUAUAGGCAUUACUAGUAUAUUAUAAUAAUGAUAAUAAUAACGAUUCACUUUUAUUUCUUAAAGUGCUCCCCAGCAGCAUAUGAAAGAUUAAAAAAUGCCUAAAUAAAUCAAAUCAAACAAAGAAAGUGAAAAAAAUUAAGAAUGAUUUAAUUACGCCACAAAAAAGGAAAUACACAUAGUGUGUAUCGUUUUUCACUUGACUUCUUUGUUGAUUUGUUUUAGGCAUUUUAAGUCUUCGAACAGGACAUGAUGCAUCGUGCAGAUUUCUUUGGACGACACUGUAUUAGACACACGGUUCCAAUCAUUUCAGGGUCUUGCACUGUGAUCACAACACAACUGAACAGCCUCAAAAGAUAAAUGCAUGGAUUUAAAAGUUAAGUUGAUUUUAACUGAGUGUUAAAAUUCUGUUGCGCAUUUCAUCACAGUUGAUUAUAGUUCCGAUUUUUUGCUGUUGACGCCUUCGAGUGAGAAGAACAGCAACAUAAGCUUAGUCUCAUCGAGCUCACAGCACGGAGGGAAUGUUUCUGUGGGUUUAAGAUGAAUUAGAAAAUGUAGAAAAGAGAAAGAAACAGAAAGACCCACUCCUCCAGCCCCCCCCCCCCCCUGGUAUAAUAAGCUCAAUAUAUGGAAGCAAAGAAGGAAUAUACAUUUUAAUUACAGUGAAUAUUGAAAUGUUUUUGCCAUCUAUCUGAUUUUGAGUGUUUGAGAUUCCCUUAUCAUUCUUGGAUCAUAUGACUGACAGAACGUUACCAGGCUUCACUGCUUGAAUGUUCAAAUUAAAAUUAUUUAUCUUGAAUUUUGAUGUUUAAAUUUAAAACCACCAAUUUAAAAUAAGCAACUUUAUUUAUUUUUCUAAAUAUUUUUUAACUUAUUUUUUGUUCAGAAAAUGAAAGAAGUUGAGCAACUUGAAUUUAUUUAUUUUUAAUAUUGGACCCUUGAUCUUAAGAUUUUUCUUUUAGGGUUUAGAAAUUUAAGUUUUUUAAUUGCACAACUUGAAAUUCUGGGCACCCAAAGUAUGCCAGAAAUAUAUUUAGUAUGUCCCGAUACAUAUAGUAUGUCAAAGUACCAGGAUGUUCUACUGCAUCCGGUCGCAUUUUGCAGUAUGCAAGCCAGCAUGCUUUUCUGGCUAUUCUGACCCACAAUCCUUUGCACAGGGGGUCAAAGUUCAAAGUGCAAUUUUAUGACCAUUUUAUGUCCCAGUUGUACAGUACGUACUUUGUAAGGGCAGCUGCAGUACGUGCUAAAAAGUUGUUGUUCUAGAUAAAAUACUAUAAAAAUAUUAAUACUAUAAAUUCUGACAUCUUUAAAUACCAAGUAUUCAGUAGAGAUCAAAUUUUACAAUUUGGUGUUCAGUCGCAUAUGAGACUCAAAUCCUCAUGGCCUCUCUUUGCUUCCAUAUUAAUUACAAGUAAUUAAAAAAAAAAAGUCACUCACUAAAUGGAUGUGGAAAGUAGCUGAAACGGUUUUUGGUAUGAACACUAUAAACGCGGACGUCCAGGUGACCUGGUGUUACCCUCCGGCUGAUCACUGUGAGACGAUCUAUAAUCAAUACAGAUCAGUCAGUUGGGAGGUAUGAAACAGUGUAAUACCACUGUUUAAAUACUACAGACUAAAGUGAAUACAUACAUAUACUACACACACACACACACGUAUAUAGACAGUAUAUUAUAUAAACUGUGGGGUAUAUAUAUAAUGUACCCUGAUCCAUUUCUUUUUACAGUAUAUAGACAUAUUAGCUUCAGAUGAGAGAAACUAUCAGUAUGAGUCUUUCUUGUUGGUGAAAGGUGAGUGAAGCUUUAGCCAAAGUAUUAAGUUUGAAUUUUGUGUAUUUUCUGAGUGUGUGUGAUAGUCGUGGAUGGAGCUAUGUAUUAGAGAUGAUAUGCUAAUCAAAGAUGCAUCAGAUGUGUCAAAUUAUUGCAAGGAUAAUGCAUUUCCUUUUCCUUUUUUAUUUUCCUUAGGUAUAUCUGUGUUUGUGCUCGAUAUGCCAUGUGUUUUAAACACACACUGUCAAGUUUUAAAUUGUAUUCUCUUUUAAAUGACACUUUAUUGGAUCUAUAUCACGGUGCUUAGAGUCCCUGCUGUUUUAAACAUUUUAGUGAUCAGUAUGAAUGAGGCGGGAGGAGUGAGUGGGAUUCUCUUGAAACAACCACAGAAAGAAGCUCUUUAGGAAAAGGAAUAAUCAAAUCAAGAAUUAUUUAUCUCAGUUCAGCCAUUGUGGAAGUCUUUUUCUGCGUCUUUAGUUCAUCUCCAUCCCCACAAAUAAUUAUUAGAAGUCAGGUUUUGCCAUUGUUUUAGCCUUUUGAACAGGAGAUACUGAACCAGUCUGAUAACUAACAUGAAUUAUAACUUAAAACAGCCACAUUGUCUUUAGAUGAGGGAUGGCUCGAUAUCACUGUUUUAUGUCCGAUACCAAUCCGAUGCGUCUUCUUCCUCUCAAACAACUAAGCUGUUAAUAAACAUUUGUACGGAUGCACUUUGCUUAACCGAGCCAUCCCAACAAACAUCAUGCUCAGAAACUAAUAUUCUGCUCCCCUAAAGGAAGUACAACUUUGUGCAAAAGUUUAUAAUUCCAGUGCAAAAUGAAUAUCGGAUCAGUGCAUCUCUCCUUCAAGUUUAAAGCUUCUCAGGAACAAUCCUUAGCUUAUUGUUAUACAUCCCUCUGUAGUAUGUGCUAUAUCUUUCUCUUCCAAACACUUGGUUGUUUGGUGAGGGUGUUGGAGAGGUGUGUAUCUUAAAGCAGCUUCAAUAUCGACUUUAAGUCCAAUAUUCACUUUCCUUUAGCUGUUUUUGAAUCUGGCUCUUUGGCUGCUAAACGCUCCGCGAUAUCCACUCGCCAGUUGUAAACUUUGUUUGUCCGCUUGUUGGUGCUGGGCAGGUUGGCUUUAUUGGAGCCUUUUUGCUGAAAACACAGGCUGGAAACAAGUUUGAUGAGAGUGGAGUUUGCAGGCUAGUAAACCAAAACAAUGAGCUGAAAGAGGCACAAAUGAUGAGGGGAACUACAGAGUUUGGUGAUAAAUUGUCUGUUUUUAAUAUUUAAAAAAAAAUAGUUGUGCAUCUUUAAAUUUAAGUUUCUAAUUGAAAAUAACAUAUGAGUUCCCCCCCGAUGGCUCACCUGGUAGAGUGAGUCCUGAAUACGAUCAUUAAGGGCACAAAAGUCCAAAACUACAUUUAGUGAUACUGAAAGUUCCUGUUCAGCAGCUGAUUCUCUUAAACACUGUAGAAAUUCGAUCAGACAUUGAAAGUGGCUUUUUUAGUUUUUAUAGUAGUUAGCUUAUACUUCACUGUGUAGUGUUACACAUGAACAACUCCUUCUCACCAGUUAAACAGUAUAUAAUGGUGUGUCUGGAGUAUGUGUGUCAAUUACUAGGUGAUCCAGAAUCAUUUGAGUAAUUCAACACGGCAUGUCCUGUAUGGUUUUAUGUUUAAGUGCCUUAAUUAUUUCAGUGCAUUAAGCAGGACUUCCACAAUGGCUGCACAUACAUCACGUAUGCACAUGAUGCACACGAUGCUCUGUAGCGGCCGACACUGAAGUGGCUUCAUUCAAACCGAUUCAUCAUUGUUCAUCACCUGGUGCUUUUACAGGCUAAGCUACUAGUUGAGAGUUAAAAACUCCACACAAAUACCUCACGUUACCCCCUCAGCUAUAAGCUACACCCCGCAGGUUCCUCCACAGCUGCUUCAAUGUGAAACAAAGUCUAGAAAGUCGAGAGUAAAAGUAACUGCACAGCUGAUUAUUCAGAGGAGACUGACGGUAAACUGUGACAACAGAAAUAUCGGCGUCCUCUAAAAGGGAAAUUCCUUCUCGAACUCGAGCCAAUAAAUAUCAAGUUUGAAAAUAAAGGGAAACUCCACUCCAGAAAAUAAUGUAUCAUUCAUAAGCUUGAAGUAAAAUAAAAAAAGUCCCCUGAUCCUGGUGGAAGAGUAACACCACGAUGGUUUCAGAUUCAGAGAAUUUCAAUUUCGUGGUGGAAUGUCUUUUUAAUUGUACGGCAGCGCAGCUGUCCCAGGUGUCUUUUGCUUUAAGCGUUUGUAAAACUCAAAGGCAUCAUUAGUCAGUGACGUAGCUUUCUGUUGUCUGUUUGAAUUAUUCCCACCAAAAUAUCAAAAAUAUACUGUCCCACUAAGUGUUAGAAAAUGUUUUUAUCGUCUUUAAAAAUCUGCCAAGCAGAAGCCUUCCUGAAGUGAAUCUAUGGGUUCAUUUGAGACAACGUGCUGUUAUGAGAUUAUUUCAGGAUUUAAAAUCUUUUCAGUUGCUGCCUUUGAGGUCUUCUCAUGAAGUUGUACUUUGGAGUUCUGAAGUAGCAAAUUGAUGUGAAAUGAAAAAGUCGUCCAAAAGUGUCAUUUUAGAGCCAAAAACUGUGUAAGGAAAAAUAAAUGAAAACCGUAAGGGAAUUAGAAUGAGACCAAAAGCAACAAAGAGAAACUCACUUUUAGCUUGUUCAUCAUUUCCACACGUCAUUCCUAUUGAUCGGUCUUGGUCUUUUGUUUCUCGACUACAUUUCAUUUUGCUUUCAGUUUUUGACCCUAAAUUGGCUCCGUACCUUUUCAUGUUUUUAAGUGACUUAUGCAUUUGUAGUUGAUUUAUAUUAAGAAUAAAGAAAGUUAUCAUGAAAUAGAAACGCAGUAAAUACCAGUUUUUCUUCUUCCAUAAACAAUAUAGAAAGCCUUUGCUCUUCCAGUUAGACUCAGCCCUGUCAGGCUGCUCAUGUGCACUUUGUUUCCGACAGUACUGACGGCAGCAUGUUGUAUUCUCAUCGUUUAAAAUGCAGUUUGAGCCUUCAGCCCUCUGUUGCCUUGCUGUACGGUUUAGUUUGAGAGGACAAGCUUCCUUCCGGCUGAUGUUUCAGAUCCGACCCCCGGGUAUUGACUUUAUCUUUGUUCUGCCAAAUCCUACUUCCUCUGGCAAUACCCCCGUCCCUCCACACAGACAGUACAGUGAAAAAGUGUUUGGAUUGAGCUCUUAGCGUGACAACAUUAUGGUGCGUGUUGACGAAGGUGUUAGAGGAUCUUGAUCUGAUGUCAAUCAGUUCACGCCUCAGGACUGAAUGUUGCCGUUGUCUCGUACCUUCGUCCAUGUUGUGAAUGCACCAGAUGCAGUAUGACAUUAAGAGUUGUAUUCCACAAUGCUGUCUUUAUUAUGUAAAAGAAGUUUGUCAUUCAUCAUAAAAUGUAGAUGUUCCAGUCUUAAUGUCUCCUUUAAUCAGCCAAUGACUGUAAAUACUACUUAAAUGGUUCAAACAUUGUAAAAAAAAAAAAAAUGAACUUUUUUAAAAUCUGAGUGGUUUCCAUUUCAUUUUGGCAAUAAACUAUUCAAUAAUUCUCUAGAGAAUGAAAAAUAUCAAACCUCAGCAGGACGUUUGCUGUGUCACUUUGAAUUGAUUUUUAUCCCCUCGUUCUUUUCUAUUUCAAGAUUUAGUGCCUUUUUUGGACGGUAGACUGUUCUGUAACCGCUAUGUAGAAAAUCUACAUAUGCCUUUUGUUACUUUUUCAUCUGUUGGAUAAACCUUAUUUGUUAUUUUUAAGGUGUGUUUUUAUUGAUAUUCUAUUUACAAGGGAAUAAAAAGUGAUCUGAGUCCA